AUGUCGAAAUCACACAAACAACCUCAUGAACUUCACGAUAAAUAUGUUCAUCCUUCUGCGAAUCAUGAUCCUAAAUUAAAAAUGCCCAUUGAAAAAGAAAGUAUUAAACAACGUAUUGAUCAUGAAAUUGAAGCGGAAGAUCAAGAAAUUAUGAAAAAGAAAGAUGAAAGACAAACCAAGAAGAUUCCAGCUAAGAAAUAA